UUGAUUCAUUCCUCCUCCUCCACAACAACCAUCUCACUCUCUCUCCUCUUACAGUAACCUCACCGACGAUAAUAACAAACACAAACACCAUUCUAACCAAAAAAUACCCACAAAUCCAGAUCAAACUACCCAAAAUCCCAGAAAAAUUCCGCCAUGGAUCUACAACCAGAAGAGCUUCAAUUCCUUAGCAUAACAGACAUUAUCAAAGAAUCAAUUACAAUCCCUAAACAAUCUCCUCGAACAUUCUACCUCUUAACCCUAGCUUUGAUUUUCCCCCUUUCUUUCGCCAUUUUAGCUCAUUCCUUGUUCACUCACCCUAUUCUAGCUCGUCUUCAAGAUCCCACUACACCCAUUCAAUCUCAAUCCCAUGAGUGGGCCUUGCUCCUUCUCUUUCAGUUUUUCUACCUUCUUUUCCUCUUCACUUUUUCUCUCCUCUCCACCGCCGCCGUCGUCUUCACCGUUGCAUCGCUGUAUACCUCCAAACCUGUCUCCUUCUCCUCCACCAUCGCCGCCAUUCCCUCCGUCUUCCGACGCCUCUUCAACACCUUCAUGUGGGUCUCGCUACUUAUGCUUUUAUAUAAUCUCGCUUUUAUAAUACUCCUUAUUCUGAUAAUCGUUGCGGUUGAUACCGAAAGUACUUUCCUUUUGUUCUUCUCGAUUAUCUUGGCCUUCGCUCUGUUCCUGUUUGUGCAUGUGUAUAUUACCGCGCUCUGGCAUCUUGCUAGUGUCAUCUCUGUUCUCGAGCCGAUUUACGGUUUCACCGCGAUGAAGAAGAGCUAUGAGCUUCUCCAAGGGAAGGUUUUGAUGGCGGGAGUUUUCGUGUUCGGGUACCUGUCAAUUUGUGGGCUUAUUAGUGGUACUUUUGCCACCGUUGUUGUUCAUGGGGAUUCAAAUACGUCUGUUUUUGUUCGGAUUUUGGUUGGUGGAUUCCUUGUUGGUGUUCUUGUGAUUGUAAAUUUGGUGGGUUUGUUGGUUCAGAGUGUGUUUUACUAUGUUUGCAAGAGCUAUCAUCAUCAGGGAAUCGACAAAUCAGCCCUCCAUGAUCAUCUUGGUGGGUACCUUGGGGAGUAUGUGCCUCUAAAGAGCAACAUUCAAUUGGAGAGCCUCGAUAUCUGAUAUGAAAUGGACGGUUGUAUGUUGAAAAUGUGUAGAAUUUUUUUUAAUCUAUUGUAUAAAUGGGAGGCAGAAAGAGUUAUAAGGAGCUGAAUGCUGUCUGUAAGUUUUUUCGCUUUUCGUCUUCUUUUAAUUGGUACAAUAAGAUGCUUUAUUAUCAUCAUCCUUGUUGUUGUGUUGUUGUUAUGUUAAUUGGAUAUGAAAUGAAGUGAGCAUUAGUUCAGAAAAUUAGUUCCUGUGA